UUUCGGGCUUCAGCGCCGAAAUUGCCAGCAGCGCCGAACACUCGCCAUUGCCAUCCGGGGUGUUGGGGGUUGCUCAGCUGGCCGUCACCGAGGCACUGAAGUCCUGCAGGCACUCAUCACGCAGACAUGGCACUCUCCGCAGCUUUCAUCCUCCGCCAGGGGCUGAGGUGCAGCAGGGUGGUGCGAUCAGGGAGUGUGUUCACCACCCACACAAUGCCUUCCCGACUGCUGCACCAGGGUGACCCUCCAGCCCUGCCCCAGCUUCCUGUGCCACACCUCCAAGACACACUGACAAAAUACCUCAAAACAGUUAAGCCACUCGUUACAGAGGAGGAAUACAUGGUUACUGAAGAAAUUGUGAAAAAAUUUGGAAAUAGUACUGGAAUUGGUGCCAAGCUCCAGCAGAAACUAGAGGAGAAAAAGAAAACAACAGACAACUGGCUGGCUGACUGGUGGAUCAAUGCAGCAUACCUGGACUGUCGAGGACCUCUGGUGGUGUGGUCUUCACCUGGACUUGUGUUCCCUCUUGUGGAAUUCAAGACCCUAGAUGACCAACUUAACUAUGCUGCCAAAGUCAUUGCAGGGACUCUUGACUACAAAAUCAUGGUUGAUGAGAAAACAGUUCCUGUGGACCGUAUGGGAAAGGACAUCUUGGAUAUGUCUCAGUACUUCAAGAUCCUGGGUACCUGUCGCAUUCCUGGGGUAACGAGAGAUACAAUAAGAUUUUAUGGACAAGAGCCAGACCCUCCGAAGCACAUAGUGGUGGCACACAAUAACCAUUUUUUCAAGAUUGAUGUUUAUGGGAAGCAUGGCAAGCCACUGAAUGUGCGGCAGUUGGUGCAUCAGUUACGCAACGUGGUGGAGCGCUCCACUCAUCCCACAGUGCCUGUUGGUAUCCUCACCACGCAGAACAGAAAUGUGUGGGGAAAGGCUUACAAGAUGCUCAGGAAAGACAAAGUAAACAAAGCCUCCCUGGAAGAGAUUCAGCGCUGUAUAUUUUUGGUGGCACUGGAUGGGCCUGUCGUCAAUCCCACUGGCAACGUGAUGACAGAUGCUGCCCUCAAGUGUGUCCACGGCAAUGGUCCUCAAGGCUAUGCUGGCAACAGGUGGUAUGACAAGACCAUCCAGUUCAUCAUUGGGAAGAAGGGCAUUGUGGGCCUCACCUAUGAACACACUCCUGCUGAAGGCCCUCCUAUUGCCAACCUUAUGGACCACAUCAUGGACUAUAUAAACAACUCACCAAAGGAUAAUGUACAGGCUGAGCACACAGACCCUCGGCCACCAGCAGUGGAGCUGACCAGACCACAGCGCCUCAUGUUCAAUGUGGGGCAAGAAGUCAAGCAGGAAAUAGAGGAUGCCAAGAUUGCUUUGGAAAGCUUAGUUGGUGACUUGGAGAUGACUUGUUUCAAGUUCACUGGUUUUGGUAAAAACUUCAUCAAAUCUCAGAAAAUGAGUCCUGACAGCUUCAUCCAAAUGGCCAUUCAGCUUGCCUUUUACAGGAUUCAUGGGGAGCCUGGUGCCCACUAUGAGUCUGCCUCUACAAGGAAGUUUGUCUAUGGUCGCACCGAGACGAUACGUUCCUGCUCGGAGGAGUCGGUGGCUUUCGCUAAGGCCAUGCUGAACCCUGAACUGAACAAUGCUGAAAAAGCCCAGGCACUGCGCAGUGCUAUUGAUGCACAUAAAAACUAUGCACAAAAUGCUGUAAAUGGUUUGGGGGUUGACCGUCACCUUCUUGGACUCAAACUGGCUGCUAUUGAGGCUGGGAUGGAUGUACCAAAACUGUUCAUGGACGUUGGAUAUCUGCGCAGCUCUCAUAUGCGCCUUUCCACCAGCCAGGUCCCGGCCAGGUGUGAGGCCUUCAUGUGUUUUGGUCCCCUGGUCCCAGAUGGAUAUGGGUGCUGCUACAAUCCUAGAGGGGAUGCUGUGUUCUUUGGUAUCUCAGCCUUUAACUCCUCCCCUGAGACAGACUCGGCCACCUUUCGAAGUGCCCUUGAGCAGAGUUUGAUGGAUAUGCAUGAUGUGGCACUGAAAGAGGGACUCAAGUCCAAGCUAUAAACUGUAUAUGAGUAUGUUAAUAGUCGCUGUAUGAUUAUGUACAUACAAGCAAUAACACAUAUACAUUUCAGGUAAGUAGCUUAAAAUCAGGAGCCUUAAGAAGAUACAGAGGUAAACUUGUUAAAAUAAAUAUGAAAGAAUUGGGUGAAAUCUUCCUGUUAUUUAUUGGUUUUAUCUAUUUUUGUAUAUCCCUGGAUGGGAUCUCAUAUUUGCAGGAGAAAGGCAAGUGAUGCACAAGAAGCAAUUGUUAUGAAAAGAGAAUGUCAUAAGUUUACUGCAGUAAUAGGCAUUCUGACAUAUCUUGCCUUCCAUUCCUCCAGUUUGCUUGCUUUCACCCAAGCUUGGAAUAUUACAUGAUUUUUAUGGUAUGGAAGGAUGGUUUUAGGAUACACUGCACAUGUAAGUUUAUGAAGAUGUUUAUAAAAUCACAGCACUAUCACAAACACAUUAGAAGUUUUGUGAUUAUUUAAUUUGUACAAUUCUGAAGUUGAUCUCUAAAUAAAGUGAUAUUUCAUAGACAUGACUGAAUGCUACUUAUGACUAUGAUGUGUAGGAAUGAGCAUUUUAAGGCUGGAUUUACAUGGGCAUUUAAGAUUUUUCUUGCUUCAGAAAUGCCAACGUUUUGUGGUGAAAAUCUAGACGAUUUGUUGAUGAAGCGAUGCUUCUGUUUCAGAUAUUGGAUAGGAUUUUGUAUAGAGAAUUUAUGGCCCCUUACAGCCAAUUAGGGUUUGGUUUCAUUUUAUAAUUUCUAUGAUAAGAAUAAAUAUGUUUGAUGUAAAAUAUAGAGACCACACAUGAUGAAAACUUGUUAGUACAGAAUGUCUUUGGCCCAGCACUAGUUAUGGUCGCAAUGUGUAAUCGUGAAAGGAAUGGUUGUGUGUGCAGUAACAGUGCUAAAUAUGUCUUAUUUUACUCAGAAAUUGAAUGUAAAUGUAAUGGAAUCUGCUAUUGAAGGUACAAAACUA